AUGUUAACGACGCUCAAAAACAUCAAAAAGACGUCGUCAUUCACCGCGCGAAUGGCCCCGGACGCUCUAUUCCCCACGCUCCAGAGCGUCAAAGAGGCACCCGAAGAAUUGCUCAGAAAAGAUCGAUACCUGAAAUCCGGCAACUUCACUUGGGUGUACCCUGAGCAACGCCCCGAAUACAAGAUGCUGGCCGUCUCACCACCCGCAGUGCACGACAUUGGCCUGGAGGCCGCGGAGGCUACGUCAGACUACUUCAAGGACAUUGUGAUGGGCAAGAAGUACGUGGAAGACCCGUUCCCGUACGCCCAGGCUUACGCCGGGUGGCAAUUCGGCGAAUGGGCCGGCCAAUUGGGUGAUGGACGAGCCCUGUCAUUGUUUGAGACCCACAACCCAGUCACAGGCAAGCGCUAUGAACUGCAGCUAAAGGGAUCGGGUCUAACUCCAUACUCCCGAUUCGCAGACGGAAAGGCUGUUCUACGAUCUUCCAUUCGAGAGUUUUUAGGAUCAGAGUACGUCAACGCCCUGGGAAUCCCCACAACUAGAGCUCUGUCACUGGCCGAGCUGCCUGGCACGACUGCCCGAAGAGGACGAGGUAAGGAACCCUGUGCAGUGAUUUGUCGGUUUGCCGAGUCGUGGGUCCGAGUCGGUACCUUUGACCUGCUCCGAAACCGAGGCGACCGACCAGGUGUAAAACAAUUGGCUGACUACGUGGUCGAUGACGUUUUUGGUGGCGAAGACAAGCUGCUGAACAAUGAUCACACUAGAGACGCCAUUGCCAAGUCUGCCAUUCCUUACAAACACAACAACCGCUACGUCAAGCUCUACCGUGAAAUUGUUACUCGAAACGCGUACAUGUGUGCUCUAUGGCAAGUCUUUGGCUACCUGAACGGUGUUGUGAACUCAGACAACACGUCAGUCUACGGCCUGACAAUUGACUACGGCCCAUAUGCGUUCAUGGAUGCGUUUGACCCCAACUACACGCCUAACCAUGACGACGGCCUACUUCGGUACUCAUACAAGAAUGUUCCCACUGCCGUCUGGUGGAACAUGGUGCGUCUCGGAGAAGAUCUGGCGGAGCUGCUGGGUGUGGCUGAGGGCACCGAUCUCGAGAACCUCACAAAGUCGGAGAAGAACGAGCUUCUGGACACUGCCGAGGCUGUUAUAACCUCGGCCGGUGAAGAGUACAAGGCUGUGUUCCUGUACACAUACAAGAAGUUUAUCUCCAAGCGGUAUGGGCUUCUGGAGCAGCGUGACUCCGACUUUGAUGAGCUCAUGACCCCUACCCUGAAUAUGCUCGAGGAUUCUGCUCUGGACUACCAUCGAUUCUUCCGACUAUUGGGCGACCUGCCUUUCUUCACAGGUGAGAACGCCUCCAAGUCCGAGCCAGCCGACUUUGCUCCCGACGUGGAGCAGUUCAUCAGCCCUGAAAAGAACAUCAAUGCUAUCAAGACUCCAUCUCAGACUCGAACUGAGCUAUCACAGUUCCUAGCCGACUUCAAGAAGCGUCUUGCGGCUGAAAACAACACGGACGAUGCUGCACGAAAGGUGCGGUCACGUGAGAUUAACCCAAAGUUUGUUCUUCGUUCGUGGGUGAUGCAGGAGGUAGUUGAGGAUGCUCACAAGGGCGACUACGACAAGCUGGAGCGGGUGCUGAACAUGGCAUUGCAUCCUUUCCAGGAGACCUGGGACGAGGACUGGGAUGACGAGGAGGCCCGGUUCUGCGGCCAUGUUCCCAAGUACUGUGAUUCCAUUCAGCAGACUUGCAGUAGUUAG